GGUUUAGAGAAACAGGAAGCGUGAUGCCAGGAAACGAAGGACGUCAGCAGCCAGCCCACCAAACUGCGAGGAGACAAAUUCAGGAGCAGCCAAAUCAUGGAGUGUUUGUUUGGGGCACCAAUGAAACUCCUACUUUUCACAGCAUGGUUUUCCAGUCUGAUGGACCCCUGCAGACUCUCUGACAUUUGUGAGUCUUGCCACAGACUUGCCACAUGUAAGACUCUGAACGGCUCCAACUACGCUUGCUUUUGCAACAACGGAUAUACUGGAGAUGGGACAACCUUCUGCAAUGAUGACAAUGAAUGCCAGAAUGUGACAUACAUCUGCAGCAAGAAAGGAACGUGCACCAACACUGUAGGAAGUUACUACUGUACUUGUCUGCCUGGGUACUCUUCAACUGGACUCCAACACUUCCAGACCAACGAUGGCACCGAGUGUGUGGACAUUGAUGAAUGCGAGGCAGGACAAGUCUGCGGUCCAAACUCACUCUGUCAUAAUAGCGAUGGAUCUUUCUAUUGCACCUGCCAGCGGGAUUACAUCCCAACUUCUGGCACCAAACACUUUCAUCCAGAGAGAGGUGGAAGAUGUAAAGAGCAUCCCCUAAAAAACUGUCAUGAUAACAUCGCCUGCGUCACACAGACUGUCAACAGAACGCUUGAAUACAUGAGCAAUCUCACCGACUCCUUGAGUUUCCUGAAUGAAAUUGCCGAGCAGACAUCUGGCGAGUUGACCUCGGUGGAAGUGAUGGCCUACGUGGAGGCCUUGAGUCGCUCCACGUGGUCACUGAGAGCAGGACAAGAGGAUGCCGUCGUCCACUCAACUCUCACAAAUUUGGUGAAGGUGGCAAACAACUUGGUGGAGAAGGAUGAGCUGGUGGCUUGGAAGAGAAUGAAGGAGGAAAGGCGGCAAGAAACCAUCAGCAAACUUCUGCAUGCUGUUGAGGGAAGUUCUCUCGCUUUGGCCAACAAUCUGAAAAGGCCAAAUCAACUUCAAAUCAAAGACCAACAAAUAGAAUUGAGACUCUUCACUUUUGAUGGCGGACUUAAAGCAGACACGUUGUCGACCAACAUGGGGGGUGACCUCAUGACCCUCACACCAAAACUAAAACCAGGGGAGGACAGUAAUGCAAGCGUGUCAGUGGUGUUUGUACGAUACGACAGCAUGGCGGACAUCUUGAAUCCCGCCAUCGACCCGGGCGUCACCGACUACUCGCGCUACUCCGAAUCGGGAGAAAUCACCGUCAACUCCCAAGUGGUGGCUGCCGCCAUCAGACCUGCCGACCAGCUAGACCACGUCACCUUCACGCUGAGACACGUCCAGCCCAUCGACACCGACGCUGACGUGACCAAGUGCGUCUUCUGGGACUACGAGACUGAGAGCCUGCGGGGUCACUGGGCGACACGCGGCUGCAGGACCGUGCACGUCAGCAGCAACGCCACCACCUGCACCUGCAGCCACCUCACACACUUUGCCGUCCUCAUGUCGUCCGGACGAGCCAACUUGGCGGCCCACCAGACGGUCCUGACCCGCAUCAGCCAGCUGGGGAUGAUCAUCUCCAUCAUCUGUCUGUCAAUGUGCAUCUUCACCUUCUGGUUCUUCAGCGGGAUCCAGAGCACCAGAACCACCAUUCACAAGAACCUGUGCUGCAGUCUUUUCAUGGCCGAGUUCAUCUUCUUGGUGGGGAUCAACAUGAACACGCACAAGCUCUUCUGCUCGGUUAUUGCGGGUCUCCUGCACUAUUUCUUCUUGGCAGCCUUUGCCUGGAUGUGCAUCGAGGGCAUCCAUCUCUACUUAAUGGUGGUGGGCGUCAUCUACAACAAGGGCUUCUUGCACCGGAACUUCUACGUCUUCGGCUACGGAAGCCCAGCUGUGGUGGUCGCCAUCUCCGCCACGCUGGGCUCCAAGUAUUACGGCACUGAUAAAAUGUGUUGGCUGAGCACGGAAAAUCAUUUUAUUUGGAGUUUCAUCGGCCCCGCCUGUUUGAUCAUCCUGGUGAAUCUCCUGGCCUUUGCAGUGAUCAUCUACAAGGUGUAUCGACACACGCAGGUGAAAAAGCCUGAAAUCAGCCACUAUGAGAACAUCAGGUCGUGUGCCCGCGGUGCCAUGGCGCUGCUCUUCGUGCUGGGUGCCACCUGGGCCUUUGGAGUGUUGCACAUUCUGUAUGAGAAGACGCUGACUGCGUACCUGUUCACCAUCGCCAACGCCUUUCAGGGCAUGUUCAUCUUCAUCUUCCUCUGCGUGCUCUCCAGGAAGAUUCAAGAGGAGUAUUACAGGCUGUUCAAAAACAUCCCAUGUUGUUUUGAAUGUCUCAGAUGAAACAACCCUCACGUCCUUCACACGUCUUCUACAACCUUUGAAAUUAUCUUCUUGUCAUCAAAUUCCUCUUCAAGAGUGACAUGGACUGGACCUAGUCACGUGUUUCAGUGUUAAAUUAAAAAUAAAUAAGGAAUAUAGCAAACAAACGUCCUUUUUCUUGGAGAGGAAGAAAGAGCAAUGUCUUCAUCUAGUGGUCAUCAUCCAGAAGACACCUCUGUACAGUAAAAAAACUAAAACUAUUUACACAAAUAAUAGUGUUGUUUUCGUUCAAUUCAACUGAUUAUUUCUAAAAUAAUUGUGUUGUAUGAUUAUCAUUUUAGAUGUACUGUAUUUUAGCUUAAAUAAUUAUUAAUGAUGGACUUUGUUGCUAUUUGCACAAUGUUGUUUAUGUCCUGUCGCUAAAUGGCAGCACUGUACUGUACAGUCUCACAGCAUCUUCAUUUAUUUACUGUUGCACAAACUAAUACAACCAAAAAAAAACAA